GACGCCAAGUGUCACUUUUCAGGGGUAUAAGAGCGAGUCAUCUUCCUACCAUCCACUUCAUCCCAAAGAGAUUUUUCAAGCACCUCACUAGUUUAUACCACCUCGCACAGAUAAUGCGUCUCUCCUUCCUCACCGUUAUUCAAGUUGUUGCGCUGGCAACAUCUAUAACGUCCGUCAGUGCGUAUGGGGGGUGUCACGACAUCACCAAGUAUUGCGUUAUGGACAGUGACUGCUGCGAUAAAAUAACCUGUCGGCACGUUGUAAGUAGUAGUAGUUUGCUUCGCAUCAAACUUUCACUUGAUGUCUUACCCUUCGGGGCCUGGUAGUCGUUUCCCCCAUAUUCAGCCUGCUUUCCUCCUGAC